AUGUCGAGCUCCAAUGCGAGCUCACUUGGCGAGCCGCUGAGCAAGCAGCGCAGAACCAAGGCCAAGUCUAAGACCGCCCGAAAAUCAUGGGGUAAAGGGAAGCGCCUUGGAGACGGCGAGUCUGUCGAAGACGCUGCUUCUACCCCGCUGUCUGUCAAUUCAGAGGAGGACCCCAAGGUGGCACCCCGAUGGGUGCGCGAAGUCCUGGCAGCCAAAGAAAAGAGGAGAGUGGAACGAAAAAAGCACGAGGAAAUCAUGAAACCGAUUCGCAAAGCGGAGGCUGCGCUUAAGAAGAAACUGGGACGAAAGUUGACCAAUGGGGAGAAGAACUUUAUCCGGCUGUCUCAUCAUCACGAGGAACUUGUCAAUGUCUGGGGCGACUUGCAAGAGACCGUAGUCCCGAUCAAACCUGUCACUAUGGAGGCACAUCCCUCUCUCAAAAUCAAACUUUUGCCGUUCCAAAAGGAAUCCCUGUACUGGAUGAAAGAGCAAGAGAAAGGUCCCUGGGCAGGUGGAAUGCUCGCCGAUGAGAUGGGAAUGGGCAAGACCAUUCAGACGAUUGCGUUGUUGCUUUCUGAACCUCGUCAGAAGCCCAGUCUGGUCGUGGCGCCAGUCGUAGCUUUGAUGCAGUGGAAGCACGAGAUCGAGGACAAUACCGAUAACUUUACUGUCUGUGUCUGGCACGGUCAGGGCAGGAUGAAGGCUGCGGAGCUGAAGAAAUACGACGUUGUCCUUUCUUCGUACGGGACGCUCGAAGCUUCUUUCAGGAGACAGCAAAGAGGCUUCAAACGUGGCAAUUUGAUGAUCAAGGAGAAGUCACCUCUCCACACAUUUCAGUGGCAUAGAGUUAUUCUGGACGAAGCGCAUAAUAUCAAGGAACGGUCUACAAACGCUGCUAAAGCUGCUUUUGCUCUCGAUGCCAAAUAUAGAUGGUGCCUCUCUGGAACACCGCUGCAGAACCGAGUUGGUGAACUGUACUCGCUAGUCCGCUUCUUGGGCGCAGACCCAUUCAGUCAUUAUUUCUGCAAGAAGUGUGAUUGCAAAUCCCUUCAUUGGCAGUUCAAAGACAAGCGACACUGCGACGAGUGUGGUCACAAGCCAAUGGAACACGUCUGCUUCUGGAACACCGAAAUUCUCACGCCAAUUGCUCGAUACGGUAUCGAACCUGGUAAUCCGGGUCACGAAGCGUUCAAGAAGCUCAAAAUUUUGCUUGAUCGAAUGAUGCUUCGCCGAACCAAACUGGAAAGAGCGGAUGAUCUUGGGCUUCCACCGAGGACGAUAGUCGUUCGGCGCGAUUAUUUCUCCCCGGAGGAGAGAGAGCUGUACAUGUCUCUGUUCACUGGAGCGAAGAGGCAAUUCGCUACGUACGUGGAUCAGGGUACGGUUUUGAACAAUUAUUCAAACAUCUUCUCCUUGAUAACACGGAUGCGACAAAUGGCGUGUCACCCUGACUUGGUCCUAAAGAGCAAGACGAGCAAACUUGCCCAGGAUGUUUCCGAGGGAGUCGUUUGCAGAAUCUGCAGUGAUCAAGCGGAAGACGCCAUUGUUUCUGCGUGCAAGCAUGUGUUUGACCGAGAGUGUAUCAAGCAAUACCUCGAGGUGCAACAGUUGCGUGGUCACAAGCCUGAAUGCCCAGUCUGCCACAUCGAGAUCUCCAUCGACCUCGAAGCGGAAGCCAUUGAUCUGACGGAAGGUCAAGGCGCCAAAGCUAGACAGGGUAUUUUGUCGAGGCUGAAUCUCGAUAAUUGGCGAUCGUCGACCAAACUUGAAGCGCUUGUGGAAGAACUGCAAAAGCUGCGAGAACAAGAUUCAACCAUCAAAUCACUCGUCUUCUCGCAAUUCGUAUCUUUCCUUGAUCUAUGCGCUUUCCGAUUACAGCGCGCUGGAUUCACCAUUUGUCGGCUGGAGGGCGGUAUGACGCCUCAACAACGAGAUGCUACGAUUCAACACUUCAUGAAAAACACCAACGUUUCCGUCUUUCUGAUCUCGCUCAAAGCUGGAGGUGUGGCGCUCAACUUGACCGAGGCAUCCAUGGUCUUCAUGAUGGACUCAUGGUGGAACCCAUCUGUCGAGUAUCAAGCCAUGGACCGAAUACAUCGACUUGGCCAACAUCGACCCGUCAAGGUUGUCAAAUUGGUUGUCCAGGAUUCGAUCGAAGAUCAGAUUGUCCAGCUGCAGAGCAAAAAGCUGGCCAUGACCGAAGCUGCUCUGUCCAGAGAUCCCGAUGCUGCAUUGGGUAAACUCACAGUAGAGGAUCUCGGUUUCCUCUUCAAAAUGUGA